UAAUAAGCAUAAAUAAGGUAUAAAGUUAUGCAUUUAACAGCACUAUCCUUUGACAAGCUUUUACAACACUGAAGGUACAGUUUUGCACUUUGUUUUGAAAGUAUGCCCUGUGUUAAUUAUGACACAUAAAAAUGUAUUAAAAUUUGCCAUUACAUGCACAUGAUUAUUUUACUGCUGUUAAACUAACCUACAUUUGCUCUUCAAAAGGUUCAGUAUGAACAGUACCUGGAAGAGAACUUCCCACGAUGGCAGCAAAGACUGAAAGACAUAAGAGUUUCUGAAAAGUCAAAGCGGGUACAACAGCAUUUAAAGAACCAUAUUCAACACAUGGAGCAGGAUAGAGGCCAAGCAAUGUCCUUCAACUCUCCAGAUCCAUCACAAACUUCCCACACUGUGGCAAACAGUCAUCAGGCACCCAAAGAUAUCAAGCCAAAAGCUGAAAGAUGCAACCAAAAUGCCCACCAUCCAUACCUUCCGCCUACAUGGUUAACUGGCUCCCAGCCUUUUAUAUCCGGACUCUCUCAUAACAAUUUCCCAAAGGAUUAUAAAAACCUCCAGAACAUUCAAGCCUUGAAUCAUCCCUACUAUCCUGUACCUGGUGAUUCUCUCCAUCAGUCAGAUCCUCCAGUCCAGCAGGAGACACCAUUAGUGGAGCAUCUGUGGCAAAGACUGCAGCCUACAGCUCACUUCACACCUGCUGCUGCCGCCUGGCCACCACUACCAGUGGUCAACCCCAUGAUGGAAGUACCAGGCUCCAGUCAGAAAAGAGUCCAGCGCAGUGAGAACUACCAGGAAAAUGUGGGAGAAGAAACAAUACAUCCAAAUGAGGAGAACCAUUUGAGAGUAAAACACAGAAGAAAUGGAAAAGAGAGUGAUCGAACUUCUGAGCUGGAUUGUAGACCAGUGCGUCUAUCAGUCGACUGUGGAGGAAGUAGUGAAGGCAGCGCUGGAUCCUCUGAAAACCCUUCUUCUGAGAUGCAAAAACAGAGAAAGACCAAAAGAAAUGGGACCAAAUCACAAGCGUCAGCAAAUGGCAACAAAUCUGAAGGCUCUUCCACUAUGUCUGAAGAUGCUCCAGACAGCCACUCAGACACAAAGACACAAAAAGCACAUAAGAACCACAGCAGUGAAGAAUCUAUAAUCAGAAAGAAGAGUAUCAGUGCAGCGAGUCAAGAUGAAGAUGACCAGGAUGAAAACAUAAGCCAAGAAGCACCUCAGUGUCACAUCAGGCCAGAAAAGAAAGAAGAACCCCAAGGACAGAACAAUAGAGAGGAAGAUGAUUCCGAUGAAGGAGAAGAUGACAGUUGUGAUAUCAUUGUUGCAAUGGAGAAAGUAAGAUUUAGAAACAUUGAUGAAGAGGACGAGGGAGGCACAGAUGAAGAAGUGAUGGGAAAGAGACAUGAGAUUGAAGCCAAUGGUAAGGAAAAGCCAGAAAUGGAAGAUGAAGAAGAUGGAAGUGAAGGAGAGGAAGCAAGAGUAGAUGAUGAAGAAGUGAUGGGAAACAGAGGUGGGAUUGAAGCCAGUGAUAACGAAGAGCCUGAAGGAGGUGAAGAUGAAGGACAGACAACAGAGGAAGAGGAGAGAGAGAAUAGCUUUCAGGGUAAAAGCAAAGAAGGAAACAUUAAAGGAAGUGGAGAGGAUGACAAUCAAGUUUAUACUUCUGAGAGAGACAUUCACAACAGUCUCGAGGAGCUCUAUUCUGAUGAGACUGAAGAAGGUGGGGUGAACAAUCAAGAUGUAGAUGAUGAAGAUGAUGAUGAGGUUGUGGUUGAGAAAGCUCAUCUGUGGUCAAGAGAUCCUUUAGUCGAUCGCAUUAAAAGCUCAGAUGAUGAUGAUGAUAUUGAAGAUCUUCUCAACCCUGUCAACUCUCAAACACAGAAGAAGGAGGAUGUGACGGAACAAUCAAAUGAUCAACCCUCUGGUUCAGAGGAGGAAUCUCUCCCACAAAAGAAUCCCGCAGCCACAAAAGAUCCAGUGCAGUCUGAUGAUGAUGAUGAUGAUGAGUUUGACCACUUUUAUGAUUAAACAACAAACCAGAACGUAAAGGUGGGCAAUAAUGCGAAGAGAAAAAUGAUACUGGACGAAUAUGUGGAACAGAAGCUGCAAUAAGUAAAAAUAAGAAAGGUGCACACCCUAAACAGCAGCCUCAGAGAGGCCGGAGAGCCACAAGGCUGAGCGAUGAAUAGAGGAAUCAGAUUACAAAGGGAUGAAAGAGGAAGAAAGGGAUAAAUAGAUGCUGGGUGUCCCUCAUCUUUUUUUGUUAUUUGCUGCUAGCUUAUCUGACUGUCCUGAAAGAACCACACCACUGUCACUCUGCAAACACAGGUGGAGCCGGCGAUGAAGAGAGAAUAAUAGAGGAGCUGAAUGGUGGAUGACGUUAACUGAAUGAAGCCAAUUUAUAGAUUUCAUUUUAAGGCCAGACACUGCCGGCAACUGCACUGUUAUUUCAUGCACCUGUCAAUUUAGAGAUUUAGUGUGUGUUUUGGGCUGUUUGUAAAGUGUUUUUUCUAUGUCUAAUGCAAAGAAAACAUACGAAUUGCACUUUUAAGUGUUUCUUUUGUUGCACUUUAUCAAUUUGUAUCUAUAGAUUUCAAUUACGAUAUGUAAUUUUAGUUAUGGUAAGGUAAA